UGAAAAUAUAAAAAACAAACACGAGUCAUAUAACAUAUUUUACAUGUUUUAGCCUUAGUAGCACACGUAGUCAUACACGAAGGCGAGAGCAUAGACGGCGAUAUGAAGAAAGUGACUGCAAUUGUUAUAGGAGCAGGUAACCGUGGCAACAACUACGCGAUUUAUUCUAAAGAAUGCCCAGACUUUGAGAUUAUUGGUGUGGCUGAACCAAGAGAGAGACCUCGUAAUUUGUUCAAAAAGUUCUAUGAAAUUCCUGAUGAUAUGGUUUUCAAGGAUUGGAGGGAAGCGAUAAAACUGAAGAAAUGUUCCGAUGUGGCAAUAAUUACUAUGCAAGAUCGGCUGCACAAAGAAGCAGCAGUGGCAUUUGCCAAUCAGAAAUACAAUCUACUGUUAGAAAAACCUAUGGGGGUGUCAGCUUCUGAGUGUGAAGAGAUAGUGUCAGCCUGCAAAGAGAAUGAUGUCAUAUUAGCUGUGUGUCAUGUUCUCAGAUACGCUCCACAGGCCCGUAAGAUAAAAGAGCUCAUUGCUAGUGGUGUCAUUGGGGAUGUUAUGAAUAUACAACAUAUUGAACCUGUUGGAUAUUGGCAUUAUGCUCACUCUUAUGUAAGAGGAAACUGGCGCAAUGAAGCUUUAAGCAGUAGUAGUCUUUUAGCCAAAUCAUGCCACGACAUUGACCUCAUCAACUACUGGAUGUCGCAUACUUAUGUCGAUAAAGUUACCUCAUUCGGAAGUCUAUCACACUUUAAAAAGGAAAACAAGCCUGAAGGAGCAGGUAGCAGAUGUGUUGACUGUAGCAUAGAAGACAAAUGUCCAUAUUCUGCGAAAGCACUUUACCUCGAGAGGGCUAAACAGGGUAACCUAGGAUGGCCAGUAAGUGUUGUUACUGAAGGAUAUGAAAAUGUAGAAUCGACGAAAGACUUGGAGGAUAUAGUGAAGGAUGUGCAACAAAAGCUAGAGACAGGUCCAUAUGGAAGAUGUGUCUAUGAUUGUGAUAAUGAUGUCAUGUCUCAACAGGUCGUAAAUCUGCAGUUCAAGGAGGGUCAGACCUGCUCAUUCACGAUGGUAGCGUGUACUCAGAAGAUUUGCGUUCGCUCAACUAAAAUAUUUGGAUCAAUGGGGCAGUUGACCUGCGAUUUUGAUGGUCCAGUUUACCACUUUGAUUUCAACACAAAGAUAACAACACCCUUAUAUGCUGAGGAAUAUCUCCCAUCAGGCAGCAAGAUGACGGGUCAUGAUGGUGCAGAUUACCACCUCAUCAAGGCAUUUGUUGAGGCUAUACAGACUGGUGACCGCAGCAAGAUAUUGAGUGGACCCGAUGAAACACUGUCAAGUCACUUGCUGGUGUUUGCAGCUGAACUUGCAAGAAAAGAAAAUCGGGUUGUCAAUUUGGAUCAAAAUGGAAGACCGAUUAGUAACGUCCAUUGAGCAAUAUCUUUGUGGCUGGCCAUGUUAUAAGAUGCACAUGCUGUCAUUAAUGUUUAAAUGGCGUAUAUAUUUUAUGUUUGGUGACGGUGUUAUAUCAACAUGUCACUAGACAUGGAUUUAUAUCAAUGUAUGCAUUCCCGUGUCUCAAACUGUCUCUUAUGAACUGUUCCCGAUCUCUUCUAAUAAUCAGUUUUAAACAGUAAUAUUACAACUUCAUUCCAAGUAUACAGGGUGUUCAGGAAAUAAAGA